CAUCGACAAUCCGACAACUUGAGCCCCAUCCUCUUUCACGACACCCUCAAGGACCCCGGCACAAUGGCUGUUCGCAACACUCAGGUCGCUUCUUCCCGCUCCAAGAGCAGAAAGGCUCACUUCAGCGCUCCCUCCUCCGAGCGCCGCGUGAUCCUCAGCGCCAGCCUGAACAAGGAGCUCCGCGAGAAGUACGGUGUCCGCUCCAUCCCCGUCCGCAAGGGUGACGAGGUCCAGAUCGUCCGUGGCUCCAACAAGGGCCGCGACGGCAAGAUCACCAGCGUCUACCGUCUCAAGUGGUGCAUCCACGUCGAGCGUGUCGUCCGCGAGAAGUCCAACGGCCAGAGCGUCCCUCUCCCCAUCCACCCCUCCAACGUCGUCAUCACCAAGCUCCACCUCGACAAGGACCGUGAGGAGAUCCUCGCCCGCAAGGCCAAGGGUCGUGAGGCCGUCAAGUCCGCUUAAACGAUAAGCGGUAUUUGCUUGCUGUUGGAAGAGCGUCAGUGGGGUUCCGGGUUGCAUAUCCUUUUUGCAAAAAUGGCAGGAGUUUUUUUAAUUCCAUAAAAACGGCGCGGGUUUCACGAAGGUGUCCCCCUACCUUCCCCGCUGAUCCAGCCAUCUAUCUU